AUCAGAUCGUAUUGCAAAAUCAUCGAUAACACUGAUAUAAAACGGGCGUUCUCCGAACAUUAGUGUUGAAAAAAUGGCCACAGUCCGAAUUUUUUUGCUACUUUCUGUCAUAACCCUGGGCAAAAGUCUCGAACCGGUGAAAAACUGCACCAAACCGGGCCCCUUUUGCGAGACGUGUUCGAGUCUAGUGGCCUGCGUUCAAGACAGUGACGGCUCAUGGACCAAAAACCCCCUUGCUAAGUGCGACCUCCCCUCGCGUUGUGUCAGUGGUGUGUGUACAACAGUCGAGGAGCCCUUUUGCUGGGGGACUGCCGAUUUGGAAUUCCCCUGCAAAAGUGUGGGGGCUUUCCCCGAUCCUUUCUACUGCAACAAGUUCGUUUUGUGUGUGAAAGAGGGCGCUAGGUUGAAGCCUUAUCUCAACGAGUGUCCUCCAGGAUUCGGGUUUGAUAUCAAAACGGAUCUUUGUGAUAGUGAACUGGGUGAUGGGCAGUGUCCGGAGACACUUCCAGUGCCCAUUUGUACGCAAGCUGGGCAAAGUGGGGCCCUGGAUGGGAAACCUGCCAUGUACUACAUUUGUGAGCAAUACAGUGAGGUGAAGAAAGUGUUGUAUCCGGUCCUGGAUGUGUGUCCAGGGGCGCAGGUUUAUGAGGAGUACCAGUGUGUGGAUAAGGGGGGUACCACUACAGUACCAACAACAAUGACAACGGUACCAACAACCACAGAGAUGAAGACGGAACAAUAAAUUUGUGCUUUUUUUUGUAAAUUAAUGUGAAUGUAUAUUGUUAAAAUAAAGGAACUAUACUAUUUGA